CCCUGCCUGGGGACAUGGCCCUCUCCCACGCUCUGGAUACAAGUGUUUUCGAAAUGGUGUGGCUGCCCGCGGAGCCCACGGACGUGCCUACCAUGGACUUUGUGCCGCCACCCAAGCGUAUUGGCGCCAGACGCCGCACCACAGAUUGUGCCGCUGCUGGCCCCAAGAGCCCUGGCUCCGCCGCAAAGGCCACUCCCACAGCGAGCCGCGCAGGGGGCGGUCCCGGCGAAGAAGUGGAGGACGACGUCACCUCAGAAAUGGACAGAGGAACCCCGCUGGCCCCCUCCCCAGCGACGCCGUCACUAUCCCCACGGGCCGCAACAGUCGCGAUAGCCCGCGCCACAGCGUCCAAUGUUAGCCCUGGCGCAGCAGCGGCCGCGGUGUGUGGUGUCCGCACCUCAGCGGCUCUUAGCCGUCUUGGUGAGUCAGCGCCGCACUCCCGGCCCUGCUCCCGGCCUACCACCACCCCUCCCGGUGGCGCCGCCGGCGCAUGCACAGCCAUGCGGCCGGUCGUCGCCGCCGCAACACUAGGGGUAGAUACCAUCGUACAGGGGCCGCCGCUGACUCCAGACCCGGUGGUAGAGCUCAUGCGCGUGAGCGCCUACUCGGGGGAGUUUGUGCGGUGUCUGGUGUGGAUCCCGGGCACCGAGGAGGUGGCCUUCGCAGCAGCUAGCAUGGUAGUGCUCAUGCGUGUCUCCGACACGCUGCCGCAACCGGCAGCAAAUGCGGCUGCGGACCAGCAGCCGCUGGUUGAGCCGGGGCGGCAGCGGCACUUGCUGGGCCACACGAGCUUCGUGUGCGCGCUGGCGGUCAGCAGCGACGGUGGUUUGCUCGCCAGUGCGCAGGAGGGAAAGGAGGCGACCGUGCGGCUCUGGGACGUAGCCAGCGGCGUAUGCCUGACUGUCUUGAGCGCCCACGCCAGCGGCCUCAGCUGCGUGGACAUCUCCCCAGACGUGCGCGCCGUGGCGGCGGUGGGCUUGGACGAGCACGGCCGGCAGACCAUAGCCCUGUGGAACAUCUCUGAAGUGCGCAUUCCUCACGGCAAGGUUGCGCUGGUGACCCGCCACGCAACCGAGUUCAACAUCAAGGUGCUCCGCUUCAGCGCGUACCAGGAGGACCACUUGCUGACUGCGGGCCGUGACAGCAUCCGCAUCUACCGGCUCAAGGGAGGCCAGCUGCGUGGCACGUCAGUGCGGCUGGUGCCGCGUGAGAAGCGGACCGCAAACCACGUCGGCAGCGUCUCUGCAGCGGCGGGCCCCAACAUCUUCACCGAUAUCGCCUUCGAGGCGGGCGUUGGAGUGUACGGCGUGGAUGCGUUCAAGGUGUAUGUGUCGUCCGCUUCCGGCGCCGUCUUCGUCGUCGACUACACCACCCGCAGCCUGGACGCCGUGUACCAGCUGCACUCGGCCGGCAUCAACUGCCUCCUGGUGGCGGAUGGGCUGGCGAUCACGGGCGGGGAUGACCGGCUGCUGCGAGCCUGGCCGCUGGAUUUCAGGGACUUCCUGCUAGAGGCCGAGCACGAGGGCAGCGUCACGGGCCUGGCGUUGUCGCCCGACGCCCUGCGCAUCGCUAUCGGCACGGAGAACGGCGCGCUGGGCUGCCUGCACAUCCCCAACCACGCCUAUACCACGCUGUUGCGCUCGCAUUCGGGCGCAGUGAACGCCGUGGCUGUGGACCCCAGCAGGGACCAGUUCUGCACCGUCUCCUCCGACGGCACCAUCCGCAUCUGGCACCUGCUCACCCACCAGCAGCUGUACGAGUUCGAUGCGCCCGGCGAGGCCGUCACCUGCAUCGCCUACCACCCCCUGCCCAGCCACCACGAGCUGGCAGCGGGCUUUGCGAACGGCCGCCUGCGUGUGUUCGAUGUGCCCACCACCACGCUGCUGCAGGAGCAGCAGCAGCACCGAGGAGCCGUGGCGGAGCUGGUGUUCUCACCGGACGGCGAGCGGCUCUUCAGCGGAGGCGCUGACGGCGCGCUGGUAACGUACGAUGUGCAGCGGCUGUACGCGCCCACGCAGUACCUAUCAGCAGGUGUACGGGACAUCAGGGUCUGCGUGGCGGUAAGCCCCAACGGCGCCCUGGUGGCCAGCCUGACUCGCGACCCCUACCGCGGUGUCACCUCCCUGCUGAUCUUCCACGGCCGCACAUUGGCGCCCUUCAUGCGCAUCGAGACGGAUGCGCCAACGUACAUAAAGCUGGCGUUCAGCGCGGAUGGCAAUGAGCUUUGGGCGCUCACCUCGCUCCGUCGCUUGGACCGCUACGAGCUCAGGGAGGGGCAGCUGGUGCAGCAGAUCCGCGACAUCUCCAACCUGGAGGUGACGGCCCUGGCGAUGGACCCCGUCGGCCGCUACGCGCUGACUGCGGGCAACGACGGCCUGCUGCGGGUGUGGGGCUGCGUGCCGCUGCCGGCUCUGCAGCCGCGCGGGUUGCCGCCGAACCAAGCCUUCCUUGGCCACCCGGGCGCAGUGCUAGGUGCCGCUUUCCACCGGGGCCACCUGAUCACUGUGGGCGACGCGGACUGCAUCUGCGUCUGGCGCGUCACCGCCGACACGCCGCCACCGCACGCCAGCCUUGACCCCGCUGUCGCCCGCGCCUCCGUCGCGCAGCGUCUGGGCGCCCUGCCACCAGCGCUGCGCCCCAUGGGCUCUCCCGGCCUUGAUCCACGCGACCCCCUCAGCCGCGCCACACCGGCUACCGCCCUCGGACCUGUUGCGAACGCCAGCGACCACCGCUUGACGGCACGAGCGGCAGCCCUGGCCUCUCCGGGCGUACCCCAGGCGAGGUUGGUGCCUGCGAGUUCCUCUCCGGUAGUGAGGCCAGGAACUGCAACCGGGCUGCCGUCGCAGCAGGCGCAGGCUCCAAUUGUCUCACCUUUCCCUGCAGUCGCAAACGCCGCCGUGGCUGCAGCCGAUGCUGCUGCAGCUGCCCUGGCAGCCGCAAAACUGAACAGCCCCGGGGUUUAUACCGCGCCCGCGGUCAUCCCACGACCGACGAACUACACGUCCGCUUCACCUUACAGCAGCCCCAUCGCCGUACGCCAGGCUCCAUCCGGGCCCUUUAUGCCACCGUCUGCAGGGGCCCCGCCUCCGCUCAGGCAAGAGCAGCAGCCGCAGCUGCCCUCGCCCCAGGUGCCGCGGGCGCCUGAGCCUCCGCCGAAAUGCAGCUGGCUGCUAGGCUACACCCCCAGCGGCUUCAACAACGUCACAUGGCGCCCCGAAACCGGCCUCUUCGCCUACUCCAUAGAGGAGAUGGUGGUUCUGGAGCAUCUAGCGACGCGGGAACAGCGCUAUCUCCGGGCCCAUACCCGCUCGUUGGGCUGCCUUGCGGCCUCAAAGGACGGGUCGCUCAUCGCUGCGGCACCGCGGACGGCGGAGCACCAUGUGGUGCAGCCAGAGGCGUCGCUGGGGGCCUCCUCAGCCACCCAACCAGUUGUGUGCACCACUGCGCCGUUCGCGGAUGUGGUGGUGUGGGAUGUAGCCAGCGGCAAGGAGCGGUGGCGGCUGCGUUACCACCCGCAUGGUGUUCAGGCGUUGUGCUUCUCUCCAGACGGUCGCUGGCUGCUCUCCAUAGGGCGCGAGCCGGAGCGCUCGGUAGUGGUGUGGGACGUGUCGGCUGGGCUGCUGGUGGCAGCGGGCCGCACCGAGAGCUCGCCGGCUGCGGUGGAGUGGCUGUGGGGCGGCGACAACCCCUCCUUUGCCAGCGUGGGCAAGGACGGGCUGCUCUUAUGGACGCUGCUCGACAGCUUCCUGGAGCAGCGCAGCGUGCCACUGGGUGACCAAGACGACGCCGUACCGUGUACGGCGCUAGCAAUCGACCCGGCAGGCGCGCUCCUUGUCGCAGAGGCUCCCAAAUGCACCGAUGGGGACGGACCCAUGGGUCAGAUCCCGCUGUGGCACAUCGACGUGGCGAAUGCGUUUGCCGACGGCCCAGCAACCAUGGUGCAGGUGGCUUCACUUCCUGGCGACACCGCCGUCACUGCCAUGGCAGUGGGCAGUAGCCACGCGCUUGUCGCUACGGAAACGGGGAACCUGGUGCGCUUCAGGCGCGACACCCACAGCGGUGUCUGGUGCGAGGAGAGCAGUGUGCAGCUGGACGGCUGUGUGCGGAGCCUCUCCGCCGAGCCGGGCAUGGCGGACGCCGUAGUGGCAACUACCACAGCCACCAUCUGGUUCGUUGGCAUGCAGGAUGCCAGCUGUGUACCCAUCGUAUGCGGCCAGCAAGGACCGGUGCUGGCGCUUGUGGCAGCACCGCACGACCCACGGGUCAUGGCGUCCACCUCAGGAGACGGCAUGCUGCGUGUCUGGUACCUGGGGCUUGGAGAUGCCGAGCCAACCGUUGAGCUACAGUCCUCCUCAGCCUGUACCACCGCUACCUUCGCCAUGCACAGCCUUCCGGCGCCCAAACCAGCCUCCUCUCCUCAAGCAGAGCCUGCACGCCAGCCCAAGUCGGGAUCCUCACCCAAGCCCCCGCCGGUCCCGCUGUUGCUGGGCGGCUAUGAGGACGGUUCGUUGCGGCUGUUCUCCAUGCAGCCGACAGUGGAGCUGCGCUGGGCGCUGGCGCGGCACCCCGCACCCGUGGUGGGCGUGGCGGUGCACCCAACCAAGCCGCUGGUGCUCACGGCGUCCAGCGACGGCAGCCUGGCUGUCACGGACCUCGGCUCCACGCGGCUGCUGUCGUACAUCACGGCCCUGACCGCCUGCCCCGCGCCAGCACCGCCCAGCAGACGCUCCCCGGGGCCGCCGCCUCGCUCGACCCCUCCACCACCACCCGAUCCGCCCCGACCAGGGACCGGACCGAUGCAGGCACUGACUGUAUCCCCGGGCACUGGCGCCUCCCUGACGGCCGUGGGCUGGCGCGACCGCUUCGUAGUAUUCGCUGCACCCUGGGACGACCCGGCCUGCACACCCAUUGCGGAGUACGACAUUAAAUCGCCUGGAAGCAGCCGCCGCCGUGACGCGGAUGGGGCUGCUGGCGCCGACGGCUCUGCGCAAUCGCAGUCCCCGGACGUGCCGGCGCUGCUUUCCUUCCUGGGCGGCGGCAGCAAGCUGCUGGCCUUCAGCAGCCCCCUGCUGCUGGGGGAGGUAGUGGUGUACGACUACCGGCUUGCGGCGGUGGUACGGCGGGUCACCGUACCGCAGAUGGUCCGUUCCAUGGCGGUGUCACACGACGGCCGAGCCAUGCUGCUAGGCGGCAUGGAGCGCUCCGCCUUCCUGGCGCACAUGGGCACCGGCAACGUGCACACAUUGGAGGGACACGCGGGCCCGGUGAUGGCCGUUGGGUUCUCGUCAGACGGCAAUCAGGCCAUCUCGGCGGCGGGCAGCACCAUGAUGGUGUGGGAGGCGCCCAAGCUGCUGCUCAAGCUGGAAGCGGCGCCACCGCCACCGCCCAGGCCAACGCAGCUGCAGUUUUGAACAGGGCAGGAAUUUGAGUUUGGCCGCAGGGUUAUGUAGGGAUGAGGAUUGAGGAAGGGGUUGGAGGGAAGAGGUUGCGUUACGUUCAAGAAGGUUCGGUCAGCGUGUGAGCCGUCAAUGGAUGGUCAACUAGGGUCAAGCGAACUUCUGCAGCAGACGCAGAUACGUCCAAUUCUGUUUGUACGGGUUAUACUGAACUGGUCCCGGCAAACCGGGCAUCUAGGCAAGCGGAGAUGAGGCUCCUUGCUACGACGUGGAAUGCAAAGCGCCGCUGCAUAAACGGCACAUGUUGCGACCGAGCGCUGAACGGCCGCUGUGUAAUAUACAAUCGACGCAGCUUCACCUGUAAAGGCCAUAUUCUACCUACGUUGGCACAGUCUAGAACGCUCACCUAUCAAAAUGUUUGGGGGUUUCCCUGGAAUGCCUGGGUUUGGACCCCAAACCUUUGAAGCCUUCUAUAGAGCAAUGCCGGUUGCCUUUAUUGAUAAGCAGUCUGCUGAACACGGCGACAAGAUCAUCAUGCCGCCCUCCGCCUUGGAGCGGCUAGCAUCGCUUCACAUCGAGUAUCCAAUGCUCUUCAAGGUGGAGGGCGUUCAAUCCAAGCGCCAUACACAUUGCGGUGUCCUGGAGUUCAUCGCCGAGGAGGGCGUCGUGUACAUGCCGCACUGGAUGAUGCAAAACCUGCUGCUGCAAGUGGGGGAUACCAUCCGCCUGCGCAGCGUCUCGUUGCCAAAGGGCACCUACGUCAAGCUGCAGCCCGUGACCUCCGACUUCCUAGACAUUACAAACCCCAAAGCCGUGCUGGAGCGCACGCUCCGCAGCUACAGCUGCCUCACGGUGGGCGACUGCUUCGUGGUUAACUACAACAACAAGAACUACGAGAUUGAGGUGAAGGACGCGAAGCCGGGGCCCGCGAUUUCCGUCAUUGAGACUGACUGCCAGGUGGAUUUCGAGGCGCCUAAGGAUUACAAGGAGCCGGAGCGGGUGCCACCCAAGCCCCCGGCGCCAGCAGCGACGUCAGCGCCAGCAGCGGACGGCAAGGCGGGUGCCGCGGGGGCUGCCGGCGCCUCCGCCGCCAGCGGCAAGGGCCCCUCUCCGGAGCCCGAGCCAGAGGAACCCAAGUUCCUAGCCUUUGCUGGAACAGGCCGGCGGUUAGACGGCAAGGCAGCGGGGCCGUCGAACCCCGUGUCGGUACCCCUGCGGUCGGUGCCCAGCGGCGGCAGCAGCACCAGCGGAGGCGCGGGGACGUCGGGCGCGGGCGGGAGCACGGCCGCGGCCGCGGCUGCGGGUGCUGGGCCCUCGGAUAGCGGGUCUGCUGGGGGCAAGCAGAAGGCUGGGACGUUUGUCAACUUUGGGCCCACGGGCAAUCGAUUGGAGGCGAAGCUGGCGGCGAAGCAGCAGGGCGCCGGAGCCGCCAGCGCCGCACCCAAGCCGCCUCCGCCCCCGCCGGAGGAGGAGAAGAAGGAGGAGAACAGCAAUUUCAAGGCAUUCUGUGGGAAGGGAUACAGCCUCAAAGGGUAGCGCCGCAUUCGACUUCAUGAGUGGAUUGUUUAGUGGAUUGCCCAGCGUUGUGAGGCACUGUUUGCUGAGAGGGCUGGAGAGGGUUGCAUGUAAGCGCGACAGGGCAGGGGAUAGGGGCUGAUGGUUGGCGGGUCAUGGCGGAGUGUUUGCUGCAUGGAUAUCAGAUUUCGCUAGGGCGCAGGAAGGAACUUGCAUGGAGCGCAUGGUAGAUCCAUCGCAGGGGUUGUGUCCGCUGUUUUGCCUAUUCAUGCUGUGUGUGUAAGUGAGCGCUGUGCGGUUCAGCCUGAUGUGGUUACGGUGCUGUUUGCCACGUUGCCGGAAGACAAGCAGCUGCCAGCUGGCUCCUGGGGGUGGGGCAUUGCUGUUGUUGUUGGGGGUGGAGCAUUGCUGCCUUUGCUGGUAAGCGGGCUGGGAGGCGGGGUCUUGGAUCAGGUGUCCGGACCGCUGCUUGACACCUGUACGCCCUUUGGUAACGGUUGUGAAGGUGGUUGACUGGUGUACGGCAUUUUGCCCUUGCAAGGUAACGGUAACGGAACGAGCUUCGCCGAGCUGCUGCUGCUGCCGCUGUUGUGUUUGGCAGUGCCUCUUCAAAGGAAAUCCAACGCCGG